GUGGAAACCUGCCGAGUGUAAGCAAGCAGCCCUGCCGGUGUAAACGACUGGAGACGGUACGAUGACCUCGGCUGGGCUGGUGCCGGACUGCAAGGCGGUGUCCUUGGUCCUGGACCAUGUCCUGGAAGUGGAGAAACAGCUGAGGGAAGAAGAGCCGGCGUUCGAUGAAGAAACCCUGCAGCACUUGGUGACAGUGGCUGACGCGGUGAAAGAGUUGGAAGACAUAAGAAGAAAUACACGUGAGCUUCUGGAAGUAGAGACAAUAGAAAAUAGCAAGUUACGAUACACAAUGAUGCAUCUACCUGGAAUCAUCACAAAGGAGAUAGAAGCUGCCAUUACAAGCGCACGUGAGGCUGUGGCGUCAGAGAUGCUGCAGUUACAGAAUGAACUGAGAGAUAUAACGCUGGGCUUGGAAAAAACCCAGAAGAAACAAACAGAGCUCGAGGAAAUGAAUUUAGUUCUGAGUCAUCAGGAAAGGACAUUGUGGGAUGAACAUCAGGUUGCAGUUGAUCUGCUAAACCAGCAGAUGGCAGGAAAGGCCCAACAAAGCAUCCUGGUAAACCAGACUCACAAGAGCCGCAAAGAUGCUGAGGAUGCAGUGAUUGAAUACCAAACCAGAACUGAAGACCUGGAAGAGGAUAUGGCCGUUGAAAAACAACAAUUUAACAAGGAGAUAGAACACCUAACUGCUGAGAUUGCAGAAACGCAGAGAAAGACUGAAGACCAAGAAGGCCGAAAUCUAGAUAAGAAAGCACGCCUUAGUCAGAGGAGAUCGGUGCUGUUUGAUGUGGAGGAGAAGAAUAAUAUGAUUAGCGAGAAUAUAUCUUCAGAGAAAGACAAGAUUUUGAUUUUGCAAGCUUCACACAGAAGACUGACACAUAAAUUAGACAUUCAGAAUAAGCAAUUGGUGGAUUCAUCCAACAAAAUAGAUGUCCUAGAACUGUCUAUGGCUAAUCAGAAAGAGAACUUUAACAAACAAAGUAAUUCUUUAAAGGAGAAAAUACUAAUGUUAGAUGAGGAAAUAAAUGCUGCUGAAAUGUUACAUGGGCCUCUAACCAAGAAACACAAGGAUCUGAAGCAGGAAUACCAAGCGGCAUCGGGGGAAGAGGACAGGCAAUAUGCCAUAAAGCGAGAUGUAGCAACGCAGCUUGAGAAAUCAAGAGCAAUCCUGGAUGAGAAACAGGAACGUUUAGGAAAGAUAAGUAUGGAGGUGAAAGAAAUGAAGCUUGAGGUUGGAAAUCUGCUAGAAAGUAAGCGAAUCUCUACAGAGCAGAUGUCUUCACAUGUGGAAGAGUACAAGGGGGAUCUGGCCAAUGAGUCUCAAAAAAGAAUGACAAUUCAAAUUCAAAAAGAUGAAGUGACGAAGGAGAUGGAGCUUUGGAAACUGGCUGAGGAGGACUUUAUGAAAGAACAGAAGAAAAGAAUUGAAAAUGGACAAAAGAAGAAAAGUUCUUUAUCAGAAAAGGGCAGACGUCUCCAGAGAGAAACUGAGAUAUGGAACAAAGAGAUCUGCAACAUAAAUGAAGAACAACGAAAAGCAAAUCAAGAAUAUUCCAAUCAAGUACAAAGUCUUAAAGAACAGAUAAAAUUGCUGGAGGCGAAAGUAAGCAUUUCAACUGAAAACCUUAAAAUAGAGCAACAAAAACUGUCUACUAACAUUCCCAUAAUGAAUGAGGCAGAGGACGCUAAUAACAAGCAACAUCUGAAGUUCGAAGACCUGAAAGAGAAAGCUGGAGAACUGAAACGCAGGCAGAGAUCUUUGGAGCUAUCCAUCAGUGCAAUCACUAAGGAAAUAGAAGCCAACUCCAACAUGAAGGAGACCAAGAAAGCCUCCUUAAAAGCACUUAGACAAUCAGCAUUUGAGAAACUGCAGAACGAUCUUGAAACCAUAAAGCUGACCGAUAAAGACAUUUAUGAAACAAACAGAAAACUUGAGCUUGUCAUCAUGGAGAACUGCAGGCUGAAGCUGCAAAAUGCACAAUAUAAAGAAGAUAUUACUGACAGCAGAAGUGAAGCGCAGCAGCACUUAUCAGCAACCCAACGCUUGGAGGGAAACCUGGCGUCUCUCAUCGAACAUCUGCGUGAAGCUUGGAAAGAAGAUAACUUUGUUUGCAGCGAUUUUUCUGAUCGAGACCAGGAGAUUUUGGAUUCCAUCAUCGAACUUUUAAAAAAAAUUAAUCAGAGAGAGGAGAAGGUUGGGCACCUGAGCAAUAUACUGCAGAAUAAAUUCAUUGGAUUGACUUCUCUUUUAGACAGCAACAUAGGAGUUAGUCAAACAGUGUAGCCAUGUCAUUUACUAUACCGAUCACAGGAACAAAACUAAAAGAGGAAAUUAUAAUAAACUGUGCUUACCUUCUGUACACAGCGGAGAAAGUAAUUCUGUUAGCAGAACAUAAUUCUGUUAGCAGAACGCUUGCACCAAAAAAACAACACAAAGGAGUAUAUUUACUAAAAGUCGAUUGGGAUAGAUUUGGAUCUAUUUUUGGUCGAUUUUGUGUUUCAGGGUCUAAAUCACACAUUUACACACAAUUUUUGACAUUGUUUAAUAAUAUCGGUAGCAGAGGAAUAUAUACAUAUUCGUACUUUUGUAUAGAGCAACGCGUUUCACCGAUCAUUGGGGAAUGUUUAGGAAUUCGCUUUUUUUCUGGUAACAAAUUGAAAUAUUGCCCGAGAUCUCAAGCUAUACUCAAAGUACAUUGUAAAUAUUAGUAACUCAGUCCACCUGAAAAUUCUCUUCUCGCUGGUCAUCCACAACCAGAUAAAGCGUCCCAUAAAGGUUUGUUCCCAGAUGAAGAAACAGGUUAAACUGGACAGUAACCAGCUUAUUACUGUACAGAAGUGGAUUGUGCGUUACAUUGAAUUAAUCAUAUACAGCAUGGAAUGUAAUCUGACAUUUGAGUCUCGUGUGCAAUAUCACAGCUCCUAAUCAGGAAAGCAAACUGUAAAUUGGAGUGAGGUCCUAGAUCUUUACAUCUGACCUUUGAAUACGUACUGUAUUUAUCUAUGUAAUGUCUAAUGUUAUUAGGUUCAUUUGUAAAGCUUUAUUGUUAUAGAUUGAUGUUAUAAUUUACUAGCUACAGGCCCGAUUCAAAGUUGUACGCGAGGCCGACAUUUACAGAAGUGAGCAACUGUCGACCAACUGUGCAUGGCGUCACGGUCGCACGGUUUAUGUGCCAAAGGUACCUUAGUGAUGUCGCCCUCAGUGAGGAUUUAUUAGAAAAGUGAUUGACAGUGGCCAUUUGCGGGAGGUAACGGAGAGUGGCGGCAAAAAUGCAGGUGUGUUGCAACUGUUUUUGGGAAGAUCCUUAGCCUACAUUGCGAUCCCAUGCGCGGAAAACAUGGCGGCAGUUCCCGUGGCCAUUCUACGUGAACAUAGGGUUACUUGGAGAGUCAAGUCUCUGCGAUCAUCACUGCAUAUCUGUACGCAAUUGCUUGGAUUUGCAAAGCCAUAGCUGAGCGUAUCAAUAGAAAUCCAGACUUCUGUGUCAUUUGCAUAUCCACUGUGGCAUUUUUUGAGGGUUGACCACAUUUCCCCUAGUACACAUUGUAGAGCUGCAAGUUAUUAUAUAGUCUGUUCACAAGGUGCCUGCUCCACUCUAAUUAUGGUUAAAAAAAAAAAAUUCCCGUGGUGGGUGUGGACAAAAAGCAAGUAACUUUGUAUCUGGAACAAACCACGCUGCAAUGCAAGUGGUGCAAAUGUAUUGCUUUUAUUUAUUUCUUUUUCCAUGUAGGAUAUAUCCUGGCUACUUUUGGUACUGGGUGUUAUUUUUAGACUGCAAUUUAAAUUGAGUUUGGACACACCCCUCCCAAAUCUAAAUCUCUGCAGUUUUACAUCUGCCCAACCACCAAUGUGCAAAGUUUCUUGCUUUCUUAUUUGCUUUGCUGCCAAUGCAGAAUGAGUCCCACUAUGUAUAUAUGACAUAAGUAAGCACAAUCGGGUGUGGUUCAUCAAAUCGACAGUGUCUAGGUCGACAGUGUUUAGGUCGACCACUAUAGGUCGACAGUCACUAGGUCGACAUGGAUGGACGGUCGACAGGGUUUCUAGGUCGACAUGAGGAUUUUUUUUAUUUUUUUUUGGUGUCGUUUUCUUCGUAGAGUGACCGGGAUCCCAAAUUAGUGCACCGCUUCGCUCGCCAUGCUUCGGGCAUGGUGCCUUCGCUUUGCUCGGCACACUUAACGAUCCACGUGGACUACGAUUGGAAGGGUAAAGUAUGAAAAAAUUCAAAAAAAGAAAAAAAAUGUGAAAAACUCAUGUCGACCUUUAGACCUGUCGACCUAGCACAUGUCGACCUAGAAACCCUGUCGACCUUCCAUCCAUGUCGACCUAGUGACUGUCAACCUAUAGUGGUCGACCUAAACAUUGUCGACCUAGACAAUGUCGAUCUUCAGACCGGAUCCCGCACAAUCAGGUAACACCAUCCCCACCAUGAAGUUUAAUGGUGGUAACAUGUUAUGGUGUGCUUAUCAGCAGUAGCGUGUGGAAAUCGUGUCAGGAGAGGUAGGAAGAUGAUUGGUGGACAUAACAUACAAAUCCUACUCUCUGCUGAAAAGCAAAAGCUAUUGAGGGAAAGACAUGAUAAAAAGCAAAUCUCACAAAUGGAGCUUAAAUGAACCACUUCAAGACCAAUGGCAAAACUAGUCCUAGAGGGUAAGCGCAAUGGAAUUUGCUGCGCUAUAUAAGAAACUGUUAAUAAAUAAUAAAGCUUGUUCGGACAUGUGCCAAAAAAGGCAUCGCAUGCAACAUUAUUAUCUAAGUAUAUCACAAUAAAAAGAUACCAAUCAAAGAAA